UGUUUGUCCUCCUUUCGUUGAGGUGGACUUGUGAUGGGGACUGGACAGCUAUUCAAAUGCAAUGCACCAAAUUUUGGCUUUAUGUUAAGAUCAAGCCCACACUCUUCUACAAGAUUGAUAUGCUUCACAAUGAAGUGUUUUUGGGAGAUGACUGUCCUGUAACUAGUUACAUUCCAAAUGUUUACUAUGAGUUUUUCUACCAUCCUACUAAGUGUGGCAUCAAAAAUAUGGCUUUUGGAAGAACUCUUCUGCUAAAAACUAAAAUCAAGUACAUAUCGACAACCUCCGAACAGAGAGUGGAGAUGCCUGUGACGUGUGUUUCCCGAAAUUAUAAUCGCCUUAUACCUGAUAUAGAUGAGGAUUAUCCCAACAGUUUAACGAAUGAACCAGGCCCAAGUACUGGCAGCCCAGGAGAUACAGCGGUUGCUUUUGCAGAGUGGCCACAGUAA